AUGCUCAAGCUGCGUGUUGAAGGCCUCGGUGCAUCUGUCGCUGAGGUCCAGGGCCGCGUAGUCGUGUCUGUCCGCCGAAGGGGCCGUGUACCUCGCCAGGCAAUUUCCCGUCUCGCGUCGCUGCUCGAGGCAUCUGCUGACCAUCCCGGGCGCAGGAACCGGAGCGGCGAGAGGUGCAUCGCCAAGAGCAUCAGGGACCGCUGGCGCCUGCGGAACGAAGCUGACGUCCUCAAGCGCUACCAGUCCGAGACCACCUUCCUCCGCCCGCUGGUCGACGAGAUCCACGAGCCGGCCGACCCUCCCUCUAUCGUUCCCCGAUAUCUGGACAGCGAUUGCCCGACCGAGUCGAACAAAAAGAGACUGUCGCGCCCUAAAAUUGAGCAUGUAGCCCGGUGCGUCCUUGAGGCCCUCCGCGUGCUACAUAAAAACGGCAUGCUGGACAACAUAUUUGUCAACUACGGACGGGGCGAUCGGCACUUCUCUGAGUUCCAGCUCGGCGACUGCGGAGGCGUAGCAUCCCAGCAAUCCUCGUUCGCAAGGGAAGGGCAGGUUAUCGGCGCCGGCUCCACCCGCAGCCCCGAGGCUACGUUCCAGCUGUCCUGGACCACCGCGACAGAUACAUGGUCAUUCGGCACCGCAGUAAGGAGCCUCAUAUUCGGCGGCGGCUACCACCUGUUUAACCCCAAGGUCGAAGGGGUUGACCCGGAAAACGACACCUACGAAUUCACCGCCCUGAAGCGGAUGCACAAGUUCUUCGGUCCGUUUCGGCGAUCCUAUCACGACUUCAACGAUUCGGGAAUCACGGCCGUCGUUGACUACAUCAAUGGCCUGGGGCCUCCAGUGAAGCCGUUCGCUAGGGUGGGCCCGAGGGAGAUAGCCCCGGCCGAUAAGGACCCACGUGGGAGCCCGACGGCGGAGGAGCUACUCGCGGACACAUGGUUCACGGAGGAGUCGCCUGACACUCGGGAACCGCUUCCCGGGGAGGUUGCGGUGAUAUGCGUCCUAGUAUCGGCGGCGCUCGUGCGUUUGCCCUCGCUAGCUGCCCGUCAGCAGAGGGCAGAGGUGGCACUCACAAUUAUGCUGGAUAGCUCCAAUGCUAUGACGCGAUCCACGGCCGUUCGCGAGCUCGGGGAAAUCUACCGCAAAGCAUACGGCAGCAGCGACGGGACACACCGAGAAUGGGGCCUACUCGGACUCGCUGGCCGUCCGAAGAAGCAGGCGCAAGAAGAAUAACUCUUCAUCAUUUCCAGCGACGAAGCCUGGCUCUAAAAACGUUGUCGAACGGGGCAUCAUGAAGCCAAAGUGAUUAGAGCCCACCUGCUCACGGCACGGAUCUAGCAGGUUAUUUGAGCAUGCCAGCUCGCGAUAAUCGUCGAAGGCUCGUGAGGAGGUAGCUGAGAAAACCCAGCGAGCGACCGAGAAUUCCAGAAGCGACCGCGAAGUACGACCUUACCGACGAAAAACCACAGGACGCCCGAUUCCAGCUCUGGAAAUAGAUGCCCAAUUCGGAGCGUGCGAAAGUCCGAAUUGGUUUCCAUGCGUACCGGCACCCGACCAGCAGGAAAAAAGAACAUCGGACUUGCAUCGCAAUCGCGUCUCGCAACUUUUUGAUGCCAAGCUCACUGCGCCCUCAGCAUGCAUUUUUCAUAUAUGCUAGUCAGGGGCGAAUCCGAGAUGGAAUCUGUCGUGAUCCCGCUGCGCCACACACGCUAAAAGCGAAGCCACGCAGAUCAACUGGGCAGUGACGGACAAUUGGCCUUCGCGACAUGAUCAAUUUGCAUUCGCGAUCGACAGUCUGGAUUCGAUGCAGCCUAAA